AUGGAGGUACCUCCUGGAUAUUCUCAUGAUUUUAGAGAUGGGGGAGGAUGCAGAUUGAGGAAGGCUCUCUAUGGACUAAAACAGUCUCCUAGGGAAUGGUUCGGAAGAUUCAUAAAAGCUAUGAAGAAGUUUGGAUAUGGGCAAAGUAAUUCCGAUCAUACACUGAAGAAAGAAAAAGAGAAAAUCACCUGUUUAAUCAUCUAUGUAGAUGACAUGAUUAUUACAGGAAAUGAUGAGGAGGAGAUUGCAGACUUAAAGGGAAAAUUAUUUCAGGAAUUUGAGAUGAAAGAUUUGGGCAACCUCAAAUACUUUCUUGUCAUAGAGGUCUUGAGAUCAAAGCAAGGGAUCUUCAUUCACCAGAGGAAAUGUAUUCUUGACCUUCUGGUAGAAACAGGAAUGCUUGGUUGCAAACCAGCUGAAACACCGAUUGUGGCAAAUCAUGGCCUUCAAAUUCUUGAAGGUGCAAAAUUGACUAAUAAGGAGCAGUAUCAAAAGAUUGUGGGGAAACUUAUUUACUUAGCUCACACAAGACCAGACAUAGCCUAUGCAGUAGGGGUAGUGAGCAGAUUCAUGCAUCUUCCACAAGUACAACACAUGACAGCAGUAAUGAGGAUUUUGAGGUAUCUAAAGGGUACAAGUAGUACUGGGAUUUACUUUGACAAGAAUGAUCACCUAGAUCUAAUUGCGUACAUGGACGCAGAUUGGGCAGGAGAUCGUGAUGGUAGAAAAUCCACCUCUGGAUACUUCACCCUAGUAGGAGGUAAUUUGGUCACCUGGAGAAGUAAGAAACAGAAAGUAGUGGCUUUGUCAAGUGCAGAGGCAUAA